AUGGAGGACGACAGAAUAUCCCAGCUGCCAAUACCUAUACUUCACAACAUACUAUGCUUCAUCUCCCAGAAAGAAACUGUGAGAACUUGUCUACUCUCCAAAAGAUGGCGCCACAUAGGAUUAACCCGCCCCAACCUCGAAUUUUUCGAAGAAUGGUUCGACGACAAAGAAGAAAAGUUUGUCCACGAAGGAUCAACUCUCCCCAACCUCAACUCUUCUUCCGAAAAUUUGUUCAACAGUACCCAAGAGAAGUUUGUCCCUGUCGUCGAUCGAACUCUACAACGUUGCCGUGAUCAAAAGCGCUCCAUACUGCACCGCAUUCUCUCUAUCCUCCUCUGCAAAGGAUCAACUCGCCACAUCCUCGACUCUCCCGAAAUAUUGUUCAACACUACACAACAAAACUUCGUCUCCGUAGUCAACCGAACCCUACAAGGAUACCUUGAUCAGAACCUCUCCAUACACAAACUCCAUCUCGACUUAUACAGCCUCGACUCACAACCGGUCAUCUCCCUUCUUGACAAAUGGAUCCCGAUAAUAUCCGCCCUCAACAUAAAAGCGUUUGAACUCGAGUUUCUUUCACAUACUCCAGCGUAUUACCACCUGCCCUCGGCAGUGUUCUUAGCCGAGUCUCUCGAAGAACUACACCUGUGCAAAUGCAGGCUGAGCCCGGUCGAGAGUGUGCGGUUUAAAAGUUUGCGCAAGCUCACCCUCGAACAGGUCCAAGUUGAUGGCGGGACUUUCGACACGAAAAUGUUGGGCUGCCCUUUGCUCAGGUGCCUGGUCCUUUAUAGUUGUUGGGAGUUGAGAAACGUUAGGGUGAGCGAGGAGGCAUCGCCUGGGCUCAAGCACUUUGUAUUGUGGAAUUUCAUGGGGAUCGAAGGGCGUAGCAUCAAAAUCGAUGUCCCGAAUAUCGAGACGAUCUCUAUCCAUGGCCAAUGGAUUUGGUGUCACUGCCAAAGCGCAUUCUUGUUCUCUCGUCUCACGAGUUUGGAUCUCGAUAGUGUGAUCCUUUCGAGCGAGUCGUUCGACCUGUUCUCGUUUGGCUGCCCAACUCUUGCGAACUUGACCCUAGAUAAUUGCUCCGGUUUCGAGGAAUUCCAUCUUGCAAGUGAUUCGGUCAAGUGGUUGAGCAUCAAGACACAUAAAAUACCGCUUAAAGGAGUUACGAUUUGUGCCCCGAACAUUAUCAAUUUUAUGUUCAGUGGUCGUAUUCCCCAGGUGCCGGACACAUUCUCUUUCGCGACCCCUACUUCCAAGCAUUGGUACUCAGGAGUAUUCCUCUCAUCGUGUGAUCAGUAUGAUCCCAAUUUCGAUGCCAAUUCGUGGUUCCUUGAGCUGAGACGAUUGCUCAAGGCAUUAAGUGGGUCUAAGAUUUCUCUGAAGAUGGACGGCGGCCCUCGGGACGUGCCUUGUAGUGCUGUUCUCGGUGACGAGCCGCCUGUGGUGGUGUGGAGCUUGAAUUUUGAUGCUUGUAAAUGUCGCACGGUGUCUUGGUACUUGGAGUUUACGAAUGGCUUGUUUCGUGUUUUUCGACCGAGCCACGUGUGGGGUGGUAAGCUCGUGAGCGAGUCGGACAGGAAGUACUACAGGUUUUCGGAGUUUCAGUUAAACAUCUUGCUUGCUAACAAGAAGGUCGAGUUGGAGGGAAUUCAUGUCGAUGGGCAGCUCGUGCAGUGGACAGACCUGUCGGAAUUGCGAAACAGGAUGUAUGACAAGGAAAUAUGGCUUGAGUUGAAAUGGAGAGGUGGGAUAUGA